GGGAGGUCACAGUGUACAUCUUCAUUCUGAUGUAUUUGAACACAGGAAUUCUGAUUGCCCUAGCAGAUGUUGAAUUGCCUAUCUAUUCUAACGAGUUGACUGAGGAUGUCACCUAUAAGGAUACUGCUAAAGGAUGGUUUUUAGAGACUAAUAAUGCAAUCCUUUUCUUCAUGGUAAUCAAUGGCAUUGGAUACUGUCUAGUCAACUUUGCAAAAGCUAUUCUUAUGAAAUGCCUCAGAUGAUGCUUCAAAAAGAGAUAUAAGCGUAAUGGACAGUAUGAGAAGCUUUAUCAAGGACUAUACCUUAAUAUGCCACUUAGCUAUGCCAGGACUCUCACGAUGUUAUUUGUCACCUUGACCUUCUCAAGUGCUUUCCCAAUGCUUGUUUAUAUCCUUGCUGGCUACUCAAUUUGGCAAUAUUGGAUGGAAAAGUACAUGUUCUUGAGACAUUACCAGAUAAGCAAUAGAGUAGGUGAGGACAUCCACCAUAAAGUCAUGUCUAUUCUCCCCUUCUCGCUUCUGAUCCACUGGCUGUUCUCCUGGUGGUUCUACGGAAGUCCUGGGAUACUGAACAACUGAUGCUACGAUCCAGAGACUUCUGGAUUCAGUAUCGAUUCGCUUCAAAGAAGAAUGAGCUCAAGGUACGGAAUUCCUUGCUUAUGAUUCGCAGGAAUCCUUGCAUUUCUCUUACUCUGCAAGAACACAUGCAUCCAUUUGCAUGAGACCAUCAAGCAGAUGCUUGAGGGUUCUAAGGUGGAACCCUUGGGUAUUGCUAAGCACUUCAACCAAGAAAAGGAAGAGAUGGAUAAGACUGGUCUAAUCACGUAUGAUAUCAAAUAAAAAUCCUGACUAUAAAUACAUCCUGUCAGCUAUAAAAUAUCGGAAGAAAAAUUGCGCAGUUCCUCAUAUACAAAAGAAAACCACCUUGCCUAGAAACCUGAAACUGAAGUAUUAUAAGAGUGAAGAUGAGGGAGCUGAUCAUGAAGAGACCCAAAAGAGGUUGUUAUCUCGAAACUCCUUGAAUUCAUUAGAAGAACCUGAUAAAAUAGCAAAAAUGCUACGCAAGCAGGAUAAUGGCUGGAUGGACACUGGUCUUGAAAAUAACGGGGAGGAGAGGUCCACCAAUCUUGAGAAAAUUCUUUAAUAAUUUAUU